AAAAAAAAAGAAAAGAAAAAAAACCGCUUUUCUUAGUCGGUAAAAUUUUCUAUUUUCCUGAAAGUCUCUCUCUCUCUCUCUUCUGCCCCUCGUAUUUCUACUUUGGGACCUUGAUUUUUGUUUAUUAAUUUUUCUAUAAAACAAAGAUUCAGCGUUUCUCGUUUGUUGAUUGAUUAUCCUUUACACCACUUUAGUUUCUUUGUUAUUUUAUUUUAUUUUUUCCUUCUUCUUCCAUAAAUUGUACUCCAAUCGGGGCCUACGAACCCUAAUUUUUUCCCCUUUCAAUAUUGCAUUGUAUUUUUCCCUAUUUUGACCUGUAUAGAAAUGGUGAAAAACGUGUCGUCGACCAAAUUCAUCUGCUAAGCUGUAGAAAAGUGCACCACAAAAUGGGCCACUCGAGCAGGAAGAAGAGGAAGCAGACAGAGGAAACCACUGAUGACUCAUCUUUGUCUGAUCGGAGCUCCGACGAAUCAGAACGGUCUUCGAAGAGUCGGCGCCGUCACCGGCGCAGAAGUGAUCGGAGUUCUAAAAGAGAGAAAGAGAGGAAGGAAAGGGACGGGAAACGAACCAGGCAUAGAAAGGAUAAGGAGAGAAAGAGAAGGAAAUUGACGAGGGAGGAUAAGAAGAAGAAGAAGAAGAAGAAAAGGGCUUAUGAUUCUUAUAGUUCUGAUGAGUCUGAUUCUAAGUCUUCAAGUGGUGUUAGUGAUUCAGAAGCUGAGAGGAAUCAGGUUCAACCCCAAGCUGUGGUGCAAGAAUUGUUGGAUAAAUUUCCUAAUGUUGGAAACGACUUGAAACAGCUCCUGCAAAUGAUCGAUAGUGGGCAAGCUGUUGAUAUAAAAGGCAUAUCUGAAGGAUCUCUGAUUAAGCAUUUAAAGAAGCUGUUCCUUUCAUUAAGUCUUAAGGAAAAUGGUGACAGAGUGUUUUUGCUUCCUUCAAAUGUCCGUCCCACUAUGGAGGUUGUUGGCCCGCUGCUUGAAAGUUCUGUGGAACAUAAAGAUGAACCACUCGAUCCUUCUGUGCCACUAAGUGAUACACAUCCAGAUUCGAAUUCUGAAAGCAAACAAGUGAUAGAUAAUGACAAUGUAGCUCACCCAAAGGAUGAUUCUCCAGGUCCUAAAAAAAGGAUGAUUGGUCCUGCAGUGCCGUCAGCUGAGUUACUUGCUGCUGCAGCUAAAUUAACUGAAGCACAAGCUGAGCUCAGGGAAGCUGAGUUGGGGGAAGACACUGGAAUAUUUAUUGGACCUCCACCACCUGCUAUGGUUGCUGAAGUUGCAUCAGCAAAUGAAGCAGAGCGAUUUGAAGAGGUCACAAGGAUCAUGGAUGUUGAGGGUGAUAGUCCAUAUGAUGUUCUAGGAGUGAACCAUAAAAUGUCUGCAGAUAACAUAAAGAAAAGGUAUUGGAAAAUGUCGCUGUUGGUGCACCCUGAUAAAUGCUCACAUCCUCAAGCCCACCAAGCAUUUAUUAAAAUAAAUAAAGCUUUUAAAGAACUACAAGAUCCAAAUAAGCGAAAAGAAAUGGAUGAGAAAAUAAAACUUGAGGAGGAACGUGAGAAAUUCAAGGUUGAGCUGCAAGCAAUGCGUGAGGCUGCAAAAUGGAGAAGGUCACAAGGAAUAUCCAUGGAGGGUGAUGAUGAGCUCCUGGCAGAAGUGGAAGUGAAAGAGGCACCACAAAGGGAUGAGUGGAUGACAACGCUGCCCCCCGAGAGGAAGCCUGGUGGUAUGCCAGUGCAUUCCACAAGCUUUAGCAGGAAUACAAAGGAAGGACGCGGUGACACUAGUGUUUGGACAGAUACCCCUAUUGAUAGAGCACAAAAGGCAAAGAUCAAUUAUUUAGAAGCAUAUAAUGAAGCAGCAGCACUGGCUUCAAAUGAAGUGCAGAAGAGUGCAGAUUCAGAGUUGGUGGACAAAUAUAACAAAGAGAAACGAUCGAAAUCGUUGGUACAAAAGCACCAAGAAAAAGCCGCGAGCAGGUCAAAGAAAAAGGGGUCACAGCAGAAAGAAAAGGAAGAGUGGGCAGGGAAACAUCCAUGGAAACCUUGGGAUCGUGAGAAGGACCUGACUGCUGGGAGGCAGAGUGUAGAACUUGAUUCAGAAAACAUGGCUCAGGGUUUAACUUCCAGAUUUUCAUCUGGAUCGUUUCAGAGGAACUUCCUUUAGAACUAAUUCGAAAACCGAAUUGUUACCUUUUAUUUUUGCUUUUGAGUUAAGUUUUAGUGAUUUAUAGAACUAUUGUAUUUUUUGUAUUAUAAAAUAUCAUCAAAUUUUGUAUUAAAAAAGUGAAAUUGACCAAUAAAAUAAUAAAUUAGAAGUCACAGCAUAGGACAUAUGCAACCUUUUCUUUGUUCU